CAACAUGGCGCAUUACCAGAGAUUACUGUUGCUGGUAUUAAGCUGUGUGUAUGGCAUUUCAUACUGUUCUCAUCAGGGAUGGUGGAGAAAGCAUCACGGAUGGUGGAAGAAACCAAACUGUAACUGUUCGGAUCAUCACGAUCAUUCCGAUCAUUCAACAUCAACACCUAAACCCAUGAGUGAAAUUGUCAGAACUAUGUUUCCAGGACUGUUGAUCAAUUCCAAUGAUCUUACAAAAUUACCUGUCAUCAAACCUGAAGGUACACGACGAACUCAUGAAACAAGUUAUGUUGGAAAUAUUAUUCCAAACAGCAAAACUGUGCUUGAUUCAUGUUGCCAAACGGAGUUCGCAUAUGAAGUAAUAAACACAACUGUAUCCAACAAAAGAAAUUUGAAGGUCGUGCAUUUUGAGAAUGCUUUCCAGUUUGUCCCUACUGGAAAAUGUCCAGAAAAUGCAACGUGUGGUAGAAAUACAUGUGUACAGAUGUAUCGUCACCAAUGGUUACUGAUUUGGGAUGACCAUUUACCACAUUAUCCUCCAGUAACAUUUGCUGCCGUUGAAGUACCUUCCCAUUGUGAAUGCGUUAAUGUCGGUACAUGAAUCCAUGUUUAAAUUCUUUUUCAGAAAAGAAAACGAACUCAAACACAUUGUAAUCUUAAAAAUAUGUUAAUUUCAUUCUAGAUAAGUCAUAUCUUUGAUAAAUCGGUUUUAUUCUAUAUGAAAAAAUAGGCCUGGAUACCUUUAUGCAAAUUUCAUUUGUUUUUUUCUGUAAAAGAAUAAAUGAAAAACUAAAAGUGUCAAUAUUGUAUGAGCAUGAUCGAGUAAGAUGUUUGGAUGGUUUUCGUUAUAGUGUAUAGUGUAAAUGAGCUAAGCCGUGUGAAAGAAUUUGACUUGUUUGAUUUUUGUAUUUACUGUAUGAGUAAUGAACGUUUGAAAUAUUUGUAAUUGACGUGAUA